CUCAAGUGGGUCUUGAGAUAUUGUAAAAGAUGCUAAUUGCACCUUUUAAAGAAUUUUUUCAGGGAGGGGGUGGUGAGAUUCUCAGUGAUUCGAGUUAGGGACUUGGGUUCUGAGGUCUUGCUCCUUAAAUGUAUCCAUUCACUUAGAGGCAGAUAAGAUGCCUUCCAUUUGCUUCAGCAUCUUCUUCCUUGCAGGGGUACUGCCAUCCUGAAAAGUUUUAAUGAUUCAUCUAAAAGUGUUUUAAUGACCCAUUUUAGAAAAAAAUGCUUUGGAAAAUCAUUUGAAGCAACAGAUUGAUCUCUGUGAGUAGGCAGUCAAGUGUGGAACAAAACAAAAACCAUCAUCUGGAGGCUAAAGUUCCAUUUUGUAUUUGAAUGAAUCUGCGUUUUCCCUUUUCUGCCGCAGAUGCUUGGCAGACGGAGAUGUGCUAGGCAAGAGAGCAGAGGAGCCUUUGCAGGCACAGUGAUGAGAAGUUAAUGAAUCCGAGGGUCAUCUGUCCUUAAAGAAUUUUAAAUCAUUACUUAACCCAGCAUUUAUUAGUAACUUAACACAUGGUGGCAGCUCCUGCCCUACUCCACCAGCUGAGUCAGUGCCCUGACCAGGCACAGAGGUUGUCCAUUAAGGAGAGUCUAUGGCUUUUGUCAAGGAGUCCUGAUGACGCAGUGGUUAAAGUGCUCGGCUGCUAACCGAAAGGUCAGUGGUUGGAACCCACCAGGCGCUCUGUUGGGGAAAGAUGUGGCAGCCUGCUUCCGCAAAGAUUUACAGCCUUGGAAACCCUAGGGGGGCAGUUCUACUCUGACCUAUAGGGUCGCUAUGAGUCAGAAUCAACUCAAGGGUAGUGGGUUUGGUUUGGUUAUGGCUCUUAACACAUUUUUCAGGGGUUCCCUUUCUCUAGGUACCUGAUCUUGGAAGGAGCGGAAGAGAGACAUAAGAGGAAAUUAAGUCCCAAGGAAAACUUAACCGUUGAAUUGAGAAGUCGUUGUAAGUUAGGAACAUAGACUGAACCAACCACAGCCAUAUUUGGGAAAACACAUUUGUGAAUCUGGUGCAUAGGAGGCCAGCAGGUGGGAGCCCAUCAAAGAUGACACAAACUGGUUUUGAUUGCAUGCGAUCACAUGAGUACAGAUAGCCUGGUUACUGACUCCAGCCCUGCAAAGAAGCCCUGGUUGGUCUGUCUUGAUGACAGGUUUGGCUUAGCUCAUCAAAUGCAAAGCAAGCAGUGCCGCCUCUACUCUUUGGGGCUAGGAAAUGAGGAUACCCAUUUUGAGGUUAGCAUGGCCAACAACGGGUGCGAAGUGCAUCGUUUUGAUCCUAGUGUUAAAUCAGCUCACAUUCUGGAGGGUCAGCACCUCUGGUAUCACCGCCUGUCCAUUGACUGGCGAGACCGCCAUCCAGCUGUUGCCGCCCAAAAACCUCAUAGCAACACCAGAAAGCUGGGAACCAUCUUGAAUGAAUUUGGGCAUCACAAGAUUGAUGUUCUCAAGGCUGACCUGGAAAGCGCGGAAUGGAAAGUUUUGGAAAAUAUCAUUCUGGAAAAUGUCCUUGAGCAGAUUGGACAGCUCGUAUUUGAGAUCCAUCUCCACUGGCCUGGGUUUGAGGUCAGUGGCAGCGACAGCAGUGUCGUGCGGUUCUGGUACAGUCUCCUCAAAGAGUUAGAACUAAAGGAUUUCAGGCUUUUUCACAGUUACAAAGACUUAUCUAAGCCUCAGCUCUUCUUGAAGAGAGACAUUUUCAAUGCCAGUAGCUGUUAUACUCUGAGUUGGGUGAACACGAGAUGGAAAUAGUUUGUGCGACCUCAUUAAGAACUCAAGGAAGUAUUUGCAGAAUGCAGCAUGGGCAUGAUUCUAAUUGUUUACUUGCCUGUUCUCCCAGUAGCCGGUUACCUUCUUGAAGCAGGGUUUUUGUUACUGCCUAUAGUAUGUGUAGUAGCCUGGUACCUGAUACGUGGGUAGCGACAUAGUAAAUACUUGGUAAAAGGAUGAAUGUAGGAAUUGCCACAGGAAUCAACCUCCAUCCACCCAGACCUGGGCCCUUUGCCUUUUGCCUCUAACAGAGGGAAGAUCCUUGUCCUUUAGAGUUAUAGUACAGCAUAACUGUUUCUACAUAAAAGUUAGCUCAUAUAGGCCAAGCAUGGCCUUUAAAUUUGGAUAUGCUAGCUUUAAAAAUUCUUGGAAAUUGUUUCAUCAAGUUAGGUAAUUAUAAGUGAAAGGAAAUGAUGCAGAUUGAAUACUUGUUGAGAGAUUGCAUCCCUGAUAACUAGUGGCAUAUUUUUAAUGUUUGCUGUAAACACCGUGAAGGUCUUGCCUUUAGUGAGCCAGUUCAAACGGACAUCCCCAGGGAACCAUAGCCUUCAAAAUAAUGACAGAUUGGGACAGAUACUUUCCUAUUUUGAAAGGUUUAUACUUUAGCUCAUUCCAGUUUUCCCUAACAUUUAUUAUGUACCUAUAAUCCCUGAAUUCACCAACAUUAAAAAGAAACUAUAUACGUUUUCAGUUUUGACUAGGUUGAUGAGAUUCUUAAAUUUGUUGCCUACUGUUUAAAAAUAGGGCUUCCUUUUCAUUUGACUUUACCUCAGCUCUUUCAGGGUUUUUCUGUGUCCAAUACCCUUUACAGCAGCGUGGAUUUCAAUCAUCCCUCACAAACCUUUGCUGAGGCCCGUGCUGUGGCUUCAUAAGAACUGCUGAUUCUGGCCUCUGGGGACCCAGACACACCAAAUUCUGCCCCUGAAUUCAAAACUCUAGACUGUCAAGAGCUUCACCUCAAGAUUCCCUUCAUGCUUAGCCAUAAAUCCCCUUCUGUUCCUGUGAAACUAAGCACAAAGCAGAAUUUACUGUUGCCUCUUCGGACUUCAGUCCUGAUUUCCCAACCACUGACUUGCCCAUGCUGUAAAAUCCUUUUUUCAAAAAAUAUACUGUCCAAAAUAUUGAGCGAAUUUUUCUUUACUGCCAGUUGGUAUCAGUGUCACAGUCCCUGUUUUUCCUGGGAUGUUUAGACAGUGUUUGUUUCAGUUGUACCAACCCUUUCCCAUUUUUUGUUUAAGCACAGAGUGAGGGUUCUCAAUAGUUCAAAUGAUAUCUGUCAUUUCUAAGUGCCUAAGGAUUAGACAAGGAGCACUAGUGGCACAAAUGGCUAAGCACUCAGCUGUGAAUUAACCUGAAAGGUUGGCGAUUCCAACCCACCUAAUGGCUCCCCAGGAGAAAUACUUGGCGAUCUGGUUGUGUAAAGAUUACAGCCAAGAAAACCCUAUGGAGUAGUUCUGCUCCGUCUUAUGGGGUCACUAUGAGUUGAAAUAGACUCAAUAGUACCCAACAACAGCAACAAGGAUUAGACACUUACCCUUAUGAAUGAUUUUUAAAAAUCCUAGUUCAAAUAAAUUAACUAAAUAGUAUAAAAAUAAAAACUAUUAAUCUAUUGCUGUUGCAUCAAUUCUGACUCAUAGGGACCCUACAGGACAGAAUAGAACUGUCCCAUAGGGUUUCCAAGGCUGUAAUCUUUAUGGGAGCAGAUUGCCACAGUUUCUCCCAUGAGUUUGAACCAGCAACCUUUAAAUUAGCAGCCAAGUUCCUAACCACUGUACUACCAGGGCUCCUAUUUGAAAAAAAAGUAUUACCUUAUUAAAAUUAAGUAUGCUUUCUGACAUUCUUUUUACACCCUGAGAGAACAUGAAAACUAUGUGUACAUUUUUAAUUCAAAAAAAUUUUGAGAGGGAGUAGAACUCUUACUGUUAUUAGACUUUAUUCCUUCUCCCCAUUUUUUACCUACCUCUAUCACGAGACAUUCUCUGGGCUGGUGCUUUAUUUUUUGUAGUGGUUUCAGAAUGUCAUUCUUCAAAUGAGAAGCCAAAAUGUAUUAGAAAUAGAAUGGUCUUGCUAACCUAGGUUCAAAAGGGAACAAGAAUUUCUGAAUUAAUAUUGAUGAUUAAAAAUAUAAAUGACAUCUUUCUUUUAAAGCACAGUACACUAAUUAAAGUCAUUAUGCUGAGAGGACCUGCUUAAAUAAGUAUAGCUUGAGACAGCAGUUCAGUUGCUUUCAAUGUACCUAGGUAUUUUAAAAGUAUGGCAGGGUUUGUAAAAACUCUAAAAUAGUUUCUACUUUUAGUUUGCAUGGUGUAAUCUCAAAACAAAGUUAACUUUAGCCUCCUGUUUAGAUUAUAUCACAGUUUUUUUUUUUUUUUUUAAUAAAAAGCUUAUACAGUAAAUUAUAUACACCUACGCCUCACUUACUGACAUGGUUAGGGUUCAAAGACCAGGUCAUAAGGCAAAAAUUGGCAUUAUAUGAAAGUGGAGGAUGACCACAUCAGAUUACAAAAUGGAGGAUGACUACAUCAUUACAUAACUGCCAAAUUAUAUCAUUACAUAACUGCCAAACCACUGAGAAUCAUGGCCCAGCCAAGUUGACACAUAACCUUAACCAUCACAGCCAGCGUUACUUGUCUCAUACCUGGGCAUUCAUUACUGACAGUUGCAUGUCAUUAAUGUGCAAAAUAAUCAGUUAGUAGAUUUUUUACUAUUGUAAAUAUGAAACAUCGGAUAACGAGAUAGUCAAGAAGUGAGGAGUAGGUGUACCGUAAAACGUUUUAUAUACUAAACCUUUUAAACCUUUUUGUAUACUAAACAUGAAAGGCGUACUAAUUAAAUGUACAGUUUGAUAAGUUUUUGGAUGUGUACAGACCCAUAUCAAGAUUCUUGAUUCAUGGAAUUGAAGAUUUAUAGCAUUACCAAAAGCCUUCUUUGUACAGGGCGAGUUAACCAGAUUGGUGGUGCAGAACAUUGAGUCCAUCAUACUAUGUACAGUGAAACCUGUGAGAGCUGGAACUCAGCAGUGUUGCCUUGUUCUUCUGGGUCUUGCAUGUUUUCCACCUUUGACAGGGUGCAGUCUUACCUUUUUUUAUUGCUCUCUAUUAGUGGAAAUCUUGACAGGUUUCUUCCUUACACAGUUUCUGGCUUUCACAGGUUUUACUGUUUAAAAAAAAAAUAUAUAUAUAUACACACACACACAUAUAUAUGUACAUAACAUAUAUAUAUAUCUGAAGCAAGAAUGGGGGGUACUGUUAAAAAAAAAGGCAAACUCAAAUAAAUCUCAGAUACCUACAGCUACACCCACCUCCUAGGUGGCUUGUUCAAUAGUUUUUUUUUUUUUUUUUAAUUUUAUGCUAAUUUCUACUACUGUCCUUGAUUUCUUUCAUGGAUAGUUGGAAAUUUAUGAUGGAUAUUCUGACUGUUGCUAUGGUUUCCCUGCCUCUAGAAUUUAUUAUGCUUAUUGUGUGUAGGCCAGUGUUUCUUAGCCUUGGCACUACUGACAUUUUGAGCUAUAUAAUUCUUCGUUUGGAGGCUGUCCUGUGCAUUGUAGGAUGUUAAGCAGCGUCCCGGGCUUCUACCCUCUAGAUGCCAGUAGCACCUCCCUCACCUCAGUUGUGACAAUCAAAAAUGUCUGUAGACAUUGCCAAAUGUCCACUGAGGGGGCAAAAUCACCUGCGUGGAGAAGCAUUGUUGUAGGCCAUGAGAAAGAAGGGGCCUAGGCUCCCAAACCCCCCAGUGGGGAACGGGCAAAAUAACAGCCAUCACCACCACAACUACCACAAAAGCAACACAAAGUCAAUUGCUACUAUCUUUUGAGAGACUAUGUGCCAGGUGUGUUACAUAGAUUAUUCCUGGUUCUCACAACAACUCUGUGAUAAUUUCCCCCAUUAUACAGAUAAGGAAACUCUGAGAGGUUAAAUGGUUGUUAGUUGCCAUUGAGUUGGCUCUGACUUGUGGUGACCUUAUGUAUAACAGAAUGAAAUGUUACCCAGUCCUGUGCCAUUUUCAUGAUCUUUGCUGUUUGAGUCUAUUGUUACGGCUAUUGUGUAGUGCCUUCCAACCUAGGAGGCUCAUCUUCCAGCACUAUAUCGGACAGCAUUCUGUUGUGAUUCAUAAGGUUUUCAUUGGCUAAUUUUUGGAAGUAGAUUGCCAGGUCUUACCUCCUAGUCUGCCUUAGUCUGGAAGCUCCUCUGAAACUUGUCCACCAUGAGUGACCCUGCUGGUAUUUGAAAUACCAGUGAUUUAGCUUCCAGAAUCAUAGCAACAUACAAGCACCAUAGUAUGACCACCUGGCAGACGGGUUGUGGAGAGUUUAAAUAGCUUAUUCUAAUAACUAGAAAAUGGUGGAGGAGGAAUCCUAAUUUCUGUCAGGUCCCAAAACCCAUGCUCGGUCCCUCCACAACGUUACCUCUGUAGACUUUAUUUAAGAUGCUGCAUAUAAAGGACAUAUUUUUGCCUUCCUAUUUGUAAAAGGGAGCCCUGAUGGCACAGUGGUUAAGAUCUCAGCAGCUAACCAAAAUGUCGGCAGUUCGAAUCUACCAGCUGCUCCUUGGAAACCCUAUGGGGCAGUUCUACUCAGGCGUAUUGUGUUUCUAUGAGUCAGAAUCAACUUGAUGGCAACGAGUUUGGUUUUUUUGGAUUUUACUUGUAAGGGGGGCGGGGAAUCCUACAAAUAUGCUUAGACUAGACUUAUAAAUCUGUUGGAGUUGGAAUCAUUUUGUAGCAUAGAGAUUUGCUCAAACAAUCUACUUAAUUAAAAUAUGCCUGCCAAAUGUAGGAUUACUGAAGAAAUAUGGGACCCAACAACCCCUCUGUCAGUAUAUUUAGGCUGCCAGAAAAUCUCUUGCAAGGCCUGGAGGGGUCUCUAAUACUUGGUUUGUCCUGAUACUUGGCACUUUCCCCUGAGUUUUAGAAAAGGCACAAUCUAAUCUUUGACCUGCAGAUAAAUGAGCUAAGAUGUAAAUGUCUGUGAUGGACAUCUCCUUAAUAACUAUUACCAGAGUCGUGUUCAUAGAUACUUCUGAAAAUUCAAAUUUAAUAAUGCUUUUAGCAAAUGAUAACUAGAAUUAUUCUUUUUUAGGUGAAGGACAUAGGAGGGAAUAGGAGGUUCAGAAGUCACCUUUUAGUACAGCAAUACUCUGAAAUUGCUUCCCAACUCUUAGUCACAAUCUGAGAUAAAAGUCAAAGAAAAGUAAUUACACCUUUUCUUAGAGUGAUUGUAUUUGAUUCAGUUGCAAUAGGUUAUCUUAUAAAUAUUUGUAACAAUUUGACAUGUUCAAAUGAAGAGAGCCAGGAAGAAAUGAACAAAUUUCUCGUAGAAUUGACUAAAGGUCCACUAAUGUUUACAUCAAGGUAGAACAAGAAAAAAUUCAUGAAUUUACAGCAUUUCGUCCAAAUCAGUUAUUCAUAUAAGCCUUUCUGCCUUGGUUACAAGAUCUUUUAGUAAAUACAGGAUUUGCAUUUACUAAAUAUUAUGUGUGGAGUUUGCAAAGCUUGGAUUUAAUACCAGGAAGCCAGACUCAUCAUAUUUUGCCAGUUUAAAAAUGAAGACAUUAAUUAGCCAGAUAUUAUACUUGACAAUAAGAGUAUCCCCAAACUCAAUUAAUGUAAUUGUUCUUUUUUGCUGGAGAGGAAUUCAUGUUUGUUUACUAAGGAAUAACGUAAUUCUUUUUGCAACUAGCCAAUUGGUGGUACUUUGUGAAUUCAGUAAUACAUUUAACCUUAUGUUAAAAUGGCUUCCCUUUUGUUUAUAGUGUAAGAGAUGUUUGAAUUUAUCACGUGAAAUUAUAACCCAAACAUCCAGUAUAACUUAAACUGCCUGAAUUUACAGAUAAUUGAAAUUUUAAAAAUAAAGUUUUGUUGUAUGUCUGUCCUUAAGAAAAAUAUAUCAAGAAUGCUUAAUGUUAUCAAACUCUAGAAGAAUAUGGAAAAUUACUAGCUCUCAACACUUAUUAAAACUAAUGUUUUGUAAAGCCACAACUUUGUAUUCUCAAAUAUUGUAAGUUUUUCUUAGUGAUUGAUUUUGUGCAAUGAAAUAGUUUGAAAUAAUAAGAGAAUGUUUUUCUGUUAAGUUUGAAUUCUAAUCUGGACUCUUUCAACAGAGACACCAAGUAUCUAUAUAGUUGAUAACCAGUCAGUGUGUACUGGUAGUGUUACAGUGGUUGGUAAGUGGCUGUGGUCCUGAGUUCCCCAGUGGGCCCCCUCCUCUGUAGCUCCUCCCACGAUAGCCCUGGACCUCCCCAUCGUUGAGUAAUUAAAAGGUUAAUGCACAGCCUAACAGGUAGCCUCCAGGACCCAGACACAGCACUGUGGUUAGUUUCUGUUCUAACUCAUCUGCAUUCCUGCCUUACUGGUCAUUGGAUAUUUUGAAUAUCAUCCUUGGGUAGGUGUAUAUAAUAAAUAAGGGUCCAAGUGGGUUCUAUAACAUUAAUGAGAAAUCACAAUUAUGUAUUAAUAAAAAUAAGCUAUUAAUUAUCUGUAGAAGAAAAUAUUUCUCAAUGACUUGAUGUCAGGUCAAAUAUCAUUUCCUUGGUGUGACAGUUAAGGUUGUGUGUCAUCUUGGCUGGGCUGUGAUUCUCAGUGGUUUGGCAGUUAUGUAGGAUAUAGUUUGGCAGUUAUAUAAUGAUGUGGUUCUAACAGUUAUGUAAUGAUGCAUUCAUCCCCAUCAUGUGAUCAGUUGCAUGGGGAGUUUCCUCAGGGGUGUCACUUGCAUCCAAUAUAUGGACAUUCUGGCAAAGCUCGCUCACUUGUUCUGGAUUCCUGCAGCCAGCUCAUUAUCGGACCUCCAGUUCUUGGGACUUGAGCCAGCACCUGCUGUGUUACCUGCCGAUCUUGGGAUUCAUCAGCCACUGCAGCCUGUGAGCUAGCAGCCUGCCAUCUUACCUGAUGAUCUUGGGAUUUGUCAGCCUCUGCAGCCCAUGAGUCGGUGGCCUGUUGUAUGACCUGCCAAUCUUAGGUUCAGCAGCCCCUGUAGCUACGUGAGUCAGGAGAAGCCUCCAGCCUGAUGCCUGACCCACUUGGGACUUGCCAGCCUCUACAACCAUGUGAGCCAUUUCAUUGAGAUAAAUCUCUCUCCAGAUAUAUAUAUAUAUUUCACUGGAGGACCCAGCCUAAGACACUCAGGGACUUCCCUAUUUAAGGCCCUUAGCUGUGUGUCCCUACAAUGCCUUCUAUUCUCCCUAUCUCCAUACUCCUUGAACUUUAAUGUAUCUGCCUGUAUAAUGUCUGUCUUCACCAGCAGACUGUAAGCUCCAUGAGGGUAAGGGCCAUGUCUGUAGGCCCAGGCUUCACAUGGAGCCUCCUAGAUAAAAGGUGCUCAAUAAAUAGUUGCUGAAUAUGAAUAAAGAAAGCUAUAUCACAUAGGAUUUUUCUAUGCUAUGAUUUCAUCAUUUGUUAUUGAAGUUUUUUUCUGACAUUAAUAAUACCUUUGGAAUUUAGAUAUUUUUUUUUUUACUGUCUUUCAUUUUAAUUUAAAUUUAGGCACAAUUUAUCCUUUUCUUAACAUGGUUGCAUUUUUGCACUGCAUGUGGUAGUCCCUGUUCCUGAUUAAAGGAUGCGAACCUGGAGAUCUUUCUUGACCUUGCCAUGAGAGCCAGCAGGUUAAAAGCUCAGUUAUUGUUGGAAGGUAUGUAAAAGUCCUAGGGCAUUAAACUUCCUCUUAUUGUUCAUUGUCCUUUCUUUUGCCCAGUUCUUGGCAAAUACAAUUUUUUUUAUUAACUUUUAUUGAGCUUCAAGUGAACGUUUACAAAUCAAGUCAGACUGUCACAUAUAAGUUUAUAUACACCUUACUCCGUACUCCCACUUCCUCUCCCCCUAAUGAGUCAGCCCUUCCAGUCUCUCCUUUCGUGACAAUUUUGCCAGCUUCAAACUCUCUCUAUCCUCCCAUCUCCCCUCCAGACAGGAGAUGCCAACACAGUCUCAAGUGUCCGCCUGAUAUAAUUAGCUCACUCUUCAUCAGCAUCUCUCUCCUACCCACUGUCCAGUCCCUUUCAUGUCUGAUGAGUUGUCUUUGGGAAUGGUUCCUGUCCUAGGCCAACAGAAGGUUUGGGGACCAUGACUGCCGGGAUUCCUCUAGUCUCAGUCAGACCAUUAAGUAUGGUCUUUGUAUGAGAAUUUGGGGUCUGCAUCCCACUGAUCUCCUGCUCCCUCAUGGGUUCUCUGUUGUUGGCAAAUACAAUUUUUAAAGUCAGUAUAUAAAACCAUAAUUCUUAGUUACAUGGAGAAUUUUUUUUUUUUUCAGUUUGAGAGAAGGAAGGUAUCAUGAUGUGAGGCUAUUUCUGCCAAAUAUAAAACAAACCAAACCAAACCUGUUGCCAUCAAGUUGAUUCUGACUCAUAGCAACCAUAUAGAAUAGAGUAGAAUUGCCCCAUAGGGUUUUCAAGGAGCAGCUGGUGGAUUCAAACUUCUGACCUUUUGGUGAGCAGCUGAGCUCUUAAUCACUGUGCCACCGGGGCUGCCAAGUAUAGAGGCUGGUAUUUCUACAAAAAUGAUUACAGCCACAUUGUUUUCAUAGCACAAAAUGGAUAAUAAAGACAUAGUUGUUGAUAAUAAAAACAAGCUAGGAAAGGUAUUACUUUCUCAAGACUGUUUGA